CAUUUGUCUUGUGCCAAAGCGAUGUGGGAUAAACUUCUCACCCUCACUCUCUCAAAACCCUCUGGUUUUUGUUGUUGAGGAAGAAGCAAUGAAUCAGCGACCUUCGAAUCUACUGGACGAAGCCCUAGGGCUGGUGGACGAUGGGUCCAAGGCUUGGCCGCUGAGCGGGCGAGUGGUGCUGGUGGAGGACCGCGUUGAGACCAGCGCCGCUUUCGUUCUCCACCACCUCGUCAAGCGCGCUCUCUCCCCUCACUCCUCUAACGUCGUCGUCUUCCUCGCUCUCUCGCAACCCUUCUCUCACUACGAUCGCCUCCUCAGAAAACUCGGUUGCAACUUAGCUGCCCAAAGCGAGAAUAAUAGAUUCUUUUUCCUUGACAUGCUUAUGUCAGAGUUUCCAGAUGGAGAUGAAGGUGGGCUUGUUGCUUUGUAUGGGAAAAUUGAAAAAGUGGUCAGUUCCUUAUUACAAGAAAACAAGAAGUGUAUUACCAUUGUUGUAGAUGAUCUCUCUCUUAUGGAGGCAGCGGCUAAUGGCUCUUCAAAUUAUGUCUUAGACUUUCUGCAUUACUGCCACACAUUAACAUCAGCAUUUGGUUGUACAUUAGUUGCCCUUAACCAUGAGGAUAUCUAUUUAAGCAUGGAGAGGCCUGCACUUAUUUUACAGCUGGAGUACCUUGCAGAUAUUCUGAUUAAGGCAGAACCAUUGGCCACUGGUUUGGCGACAGAUGUGCAUGGACAGUUGACAGUUUUGAACAGGGGAAUGUGGGAUGGGCACGGGAGCUCCAGAAACAGGAUAUGUAAUUUUCACUUCAGGGUCAAGGAGAACGGUGUUGAAUAUUUUUCUCCUGGGAGCAUGGCUUGAUGAGAUAUCAUAAUUAGGAAAGUUGAUAUGCAGAAUGAAUGUAUUAUUCAGUGCUCUCUUAGUUGGUAGACAAUUUUUGAGUUCUUAGUUGGGGGGAAAAAAUACCUCUGCUUACAGUGCUGUUCUGAGAGGCUGCAUUCAUUUUAUGUCCUGAGGUAGAUGGAUUAUAACUUGACUUGUCUUUGCUGCUUCAAGUUUUGAACCAGGGUUUUGACUUUUAAAGGAUAAAAUCAGCACUUCAACCUCUUCCAUGUGUUCCUCAAUUCAUGCAGCAAAUCAGCAGUCUCCAGGUUGAGCAAAUCAGCAGUCUCCACGUAUUGACAGCAGCCUUUCACAGAGAAAACAUGUGUCCAUGUUUUCUGUAAAAGGCUACAACUAUGAGCAGCUAGUAGCCACCACCUGCAGUCCAGGAUUCCAGGCCGCAUGUCUUACGGAUCUGCUCCUCAAACUCAGCACAAGCCUUUUUCCUCUUUUGUAUCAUCUUUUGUUUCGUUAGUUUUCUGUUAUUGUAACCCUGUACUGACAUUCCUAAACUAGUGUCCAUAUAACCUCUAUAAAUAACAGAUUACAAUCUGGUUUUGGUAAGUUAACCAAACCAGUUCUUCUAAA